UUCUUAUUCCCUUCCCCUCCUUUCUUUGGUGCAACAAAUAAAAGUUAGAGAGAGAGAAGAAAAUUAAAAAUAAAAACACACAAAAGACUUAUUAAAGGAUAAACAUUUUUCUUGGUCUUAGUGUUAUUAUAGUAGUAGUAGUGUUUGUGUUUUUACACUCUUUCUCUCUUUCUUUCUCUCUCUCUCUCUCUCUCUCUCAAGGAUCAUUUCACUUCUCGAUUGCUGUUUUUUAAAUCUUUCUUCUUUUCUUUAUUCUUUAUUUUCCGAUCAUCAAAUCUUUGCCUGAGAACCUACAAAUCUAUUCUUGAUUCUUGCACCGAUGAGGAUCAGAAAAAGAAAGGUACCGUUUCCUCUUUCUUCUCUUUCUCCGGUACCUCUCUCAGAUCCCAACUUGCGCCGGUCACCGGUGGUGCAACUUCAACUAGAAGAUGACACAGCUGCUUACUUUAAUCCUUCCUCGUCUAAUCCACCGAUCGGAGAUGGAAACAACCCCUACCAAGAGGAAGUCAAGAAGGAGGCAAAAGAUUCGCCGAAAGAUGAGGGAGGAAGAGAUGGUGAAACAAGUAAUUAUACCAGGAGAGGAAGUUUAUUUAAUGCAGAAACAGAAACAGAAAUGGUGUUUCAAGAAUCAAAUUCUUCUCAUCAAGAUGGGAGAUGGUGUGAGGGAGAGAAAGCAUUUCCAUUAAAGAAGAGAAGGGGGAACUUGGAAAGAUCGAAGCAAGAAGAAGAAACAAAAGAAAAGAAAAUGAAGACAAAAAUGAACAAGAAAUGCCAGCUUCAACACAACAGUGACAAUAAUAAUAAUAAUCAAGAAAUAGAAGAAGAGAAGGAAAUCAAAGAGAGUAAUACUAGUACUAGCAAAAAGAAGGUUAGAGGUGGUGCACUUAUGGAGGGGUCUCGCUGUAGUCGUGUCAAUGGAAGAGGAUGGAGAUGUUGUCAACAAACUCUUGUUGGAUACUCUCUCUGCGAACACCAUUUGGGUAAAGGAAGACUAAGAAGUAUGACUAGUGUUCGCAACCGAUCCAUGGCCAGCAGCGCAGCGAAGAAGGCAAGUUCGUGUGCUUUAUCUCCAUUGCCACCACAAGAGGAUAAAGAACGAAAAGAUAUGGUAGAGCUAGAUGGUGAAGAUAAAGGAAAUGAUGAUAAAAAGCCAUUGACGAUCUCCAAGAAGAAGAUGAAGCUUGGCGUAGUCAAAGCUCGGUCAAUAAGCAGUUUGUUAGGCCAAGCAAAUAAUAAUAAUAAUAAUGCAAUUGCAAUGGUAGAUAAUAAUGAGUAGUAUCAUUUCAUGUUCUUGUUUGAAAGAAAGUGAUGAAGGGUUAGACUUAAUUAUGUAGUGCAACUAUUUUUAAGUCCUUCAAUGUGUUUGAGAUUCUUUAUCAAGAAACGGAUAGAUUCUUGAUAAAGUGUAUUUCUUAUAUAAUUUUGUUCUCAUUUUUCGUAGUC